AUGCUAAUCACCGAGACAUGGCUUCAACCCAAUAGACAAAUCUUUAUACCCGGCUACAACCUUCAUAAAGCGGAUCACCCUAGCGAUAAUAAUAGAGGAGGUGCAGCGGUCCUAGUAAAACAGGAACUUCUAGAGCAGAUGCGAGAGGCUCCUGCCUCUUGGAAGCUGUCCGGAAUUCCCCAACCCAAAUCCGAGCGACCGGCCAUCCAACACAUUACCCAUAUGCGCAAAGCUUCACUCCAAUUUGAUGAAAAUUCGAAAAAUUUUACUCUAGAACUGAUUAUUAAUUUGGACUUCCAAGCUUUUUCGGAAGACAUUCAAGAUAUUUCAAAUGCAGCUACCAUGGAGUUGCAAAUUGAAAAUGGCAUAAAAACUAUAGCUUCAAUUUGGAAAAAACAAGGCUUUGAAAUGGCAUUUUACCAUGAUGGUAUAUAUCGAAUAAAAAAUGUCGAUGAUUGUUUUCAGCUCUUAGAAGAGCAUAUGGUUCAGAUUUCUGCUAUGAAGGCUACUCGUUUUGUCGAACCAUUUAUUGACAUUGUUGAUUACUGGGAAAAAACUUUGUCUUAUAUUAGCGAAACACUGGAGAAGGGCUUAACCGUUCAGAGACAAUGGCUUUAUUUAGAAAAUAUAUUUCAAGGUGAUGACAUACGAAAACAACUUCCAGAUGAGGCUAAACGAUUUGCGACAAUUACAGAAGAGUUUCGUACAAUAUCAAGUAAAAUGUUUCAGGCGAAGACUGCCGUUAAAGCAACUCACUUAAGACCUCCACCAUUUCUAUUAAAUCGUUUUAACCGCAUGGAUGAAAGGUUAGAACUAAUACAAAGAGCUUUAGAGAUAUAUCUUGAAGCUAAGCGUCAAUUGUUUCCUCGGUUUUAUUUUAUUUCAAAUGAUGACUUGUUAGAAAUCUUAGGAAAUGCCAAAAGACCAGACCUUGUUCAAACACAUUUAAAAAAACUCUUUGAUAACUUAUAUAAAUUAGAACUUAAACGUGUUGGAAAAACGCUGAGCAGAUGGCAGGCUACUGGUAUGUAUGCAGAUGAUGGAGAGUUUGUUGAGUUUUUACAAGUCCUCUACAUUGACGGGCCAUCAGAACGUUGGCUCAAGCAAGUUGAAGAGUAUAUGUUUUCCGUUAUGAGAGAAUUGUUGAAGUUAACCCGAGGUUCGCUCAAAAAGCUUAUUGGUAAUAGAGAAAAAUGGAUAUCCUUAUGGCCAGGGCAAAUGGUUCUUACCACAGCUCAGUUACAGUGGACCACAGAAUGCACUCGUAGUCUCAUUCAUUGCAGUAUGGUUGACCAAAAAAAACCACUUCGAAAACUUAAAAAAAAACAGAUUAAAGUUCUUUCAAAGUUAUCGGAAAUGAGUCGAAAGGAUCUUACAAAAAUAAUGCGACUUAAGGUAAACACAUUAAUCACUCUUGAAAUACAUGGGCGCGAUGUCAUAGAAAGAAUGUAUAAAGCGAAUUGCAAAGAUACUGGUCAUUUUGAGUGGUUUUCACAAUUGAGAUUUUAUUGGCAUCGAGAGUCGGAACUUUGUGUAAUUCGACAAACAAAUACGGAACAUUGGUAUGGUUAUGAAUAUACAGGUAAUUCAGGAAGACUGGUUAUAACACCUUUAACUGACCGAUGCUACAUAACUUUGACUACCGCGCUACAUUUGCAUAGAGGUGGAAGUCCAAAAGGGCCAGCAGGGACAGGUAAAACUGAAACAGUUAAAGAUUUGGGGAAAGCUUUAGGAAUGUGGGUUAUAGUAACCAAUUGCUCAGAGGGCUUAGACUAUAAAAGCAUUGGAAAAAAUUUUUCUGGAUUAGCACAAAGUGGAUGCUGGGGCUGCUUUGAUGAAUUUAAUCGAAUUAAUAUUGAAGUACUUUCAGUUGUGGCCCAGCAGAUCAUGUCUAUCAUGGCCGCAUUGUCAGCCAAAUCUUCUGAGUUUAUGUUUGAAGGUCAAAUGAUUAAGUUAAAGCAUACCGUUGGUCUCUUUAUUACCAUGAAUCCUGGAUAUGCCGGGCGAACGGAACUUCCUGAUAAUUUGAAAUCUAUGUUUCGACCUAUUUCAAUGAUGGUACCAGAUAAUAUAAUAAUUGCAGAAAAUUUACUUUUUUCUGAUGGAUUUACUAAUACUCGCAAUUUGGCCCGAAAAGUAUUUACUCUGUAUGAGUUGGCUAAACAGCAACUAUCUAAGCAGUACCACUACGACUUUGGGUUAAGAUCUAUGGUUGCCCUCCUUCGCUAUGCGGGGCGUAAACGCCGCCAACUUCCAACAACUAAUGAGGAAGAAAUUGUUUAUUUAGCAAUGAAAGAUAUGAACGUGGCGCGAUUAACAGCUAAUGAUUUGCCUUUGUUUAAUGGAAUUAUGUCAGAUAUUUUUCCUGGGGUCAGUGUACCUAUUAUUGACUACAGCGAAUUUAAUGUCGCUAUUCAUGAGGAGUUUAAAGAAGCUGCUCUUCAGCCAAUGCCAAUAGCUGUAAAAAAGGUUAUAGAGCUCUAUGAGACUAAAAAUUCUAGACACUCGGUUAUGAUAAUUGGUGAUACUGGAACAGCCAAAUCUGUUACUUGGCGAGUAUUGCAAGGAGCGUUUUGUAGAAUGAACGCACAACGCUACCAAGGCUGGGAAGCUGUAGCUGUACAUCCGGUAAAUCCAAAAGCUUUAAAUUUAGCUGAACUGUAUGGAGAAUACAAUUUAUCAACUGGUGAAUGGCUUGAUGGUGUACUUAGUUCAAUAAUGAGAAUUAUUUGCGCGGAUGAAGACCCAAUGCAAAAAUGGUUAUUAUUUGAUGGUCCUGUAGAUGCCGUGUGGAUUGAAAAUAUGAAUUCAGUUAUGGAUGAUAAUAAGCUUCUUACUUUGGUGAAUAGUGAACGCAUAACUAUGCCUGCACAAGUUUCACUUCUAUUUGAAGUUGGUGACUUAGCUGUAGCAUCACCUGCAACGGUUUCUCGAUGUGGCAUGGUAUACAAUGACUAUAAUGAUUGGGGAUGGAGGCCUUAUGUAAACUCGUGGUUGCAGCGCCAAAAGGUUAAGGAGUUCGCAGACUUUUUGCGUACUCAUUUUGAGUUUAUGCUUGCAAAGAUUCUUGAAUAUAAAAGAACUCGCUGUAAGGAACCCGUGAAAACUAAUGAGCUAAAUGGGGUUAUGUCUCUGUGCAAAUUACUUGAAAUAUUUGGAACUAAACAAAAUGGGAUAAAUGCGCACAACAUGGAAUUGUUAGAAGAAAUGACUAGGUUAUGGUUUAUGUUUUCUCUUGUAUGGUCAAUUUGUUCGAGCGUUGAUGAAGAUAGCCGUUUGAAACUUGAUAGCUUUAUUCGAGAAAUUGAAAGUUGUUUUCCUAUUAAAGAUACUGUUUAUGAUUACUUUGUAGAUCCAAUUGAAAGAACAUUUCUGCCAUGGGAUUGCAAGCUUUCCAGUUCUUGGAGAUACGAUGAAGAGUCACCCUUUUAUAAGAUAAUUGUACCUACUGGCGAUACAGUUCGCUACGAAUAUGUUGUAUCAAAACUUUUAGCGGAAGAGUACCCAGUAAUGCUGGUUGGUAAUGUAGGAACAGGGAAAACUUCAACAGCAGUUAGUGUCAUGGAAGCAUGUGACAAACAUAAAUUUUGUGUGCUUUCAGUUAAUAUGUCGGCACAAACUACAGCUGCCGGUUUACAGGAAUCUAUUGAAAAUCGUACCGAAAAACGGACAAAAACACAAUUUGUGCCCAUUGGGGGCAAACGAAUGAUAUGCUUUAUGGAUGACUUUAACAUGCCUGCAAAAGAUACUUAUGGAUCUCAGCCUCCACUAGAACUUAUACGGCAGUGGAUUGAUUACAAAUAUUGGUUCAACAGGAAAACACAACAAAAAAUUUAUGUUCAAAACACAUUACUAAUGGCGGCUAUGGGUCCGCCUGGAGGUGGACGUCAAAACAUAUCUCCGCGUACACAAAGCCGGUUUGUUUUGUUAAAUUUGACUUUUCCUACCCAGGAAACAAUUGUCCGAAUUUUCGGUACCAUGCUUUGCCAAAAACUGGAAGCUUUUUCUAAUGAAGUUCGAGAAAUGUGGCUUCCAAUCACUUUAUGCACAAUUAACUUAUACGUGGCUGUAAUAGGUAAAAUGUUACCUACUCCGAACAAAUCCCACUACCUAUUUAAUUUAAGAGAUAUUUCUAAAGUAUUUCAAGGUCUGUUAAGAUGUUCCCUGGUUCUUCAAACAAAAAAAAACCUUUUUUUGCGUUUAUGGAUUCAUGAAUGUUUCAGAGUUUUUUCUGAUCGACUUGUUGACGAUGCUGACCAACUUUGGUUUUUAAAUACUAUUAAUGAUACAUUAGGAAAAUAUUUUGAAGUUACAUUCCAUAGUCUAUGUCCUUCAAAACUAGCACCUCUAUUUGGUGAUUUUGUACACCCUCAAGGAUAUUAUGAAGAUUUCCAGAUAGAUUCAUUAAGAUCUUAUAUGAAAGUUCAGCUUGAAGAAUAUAAUAAUUUUCCUGGGAUGACUCGAAUGAAUCUGGUAUUUUUUAAAGAAGCAAUUGAGCAUGUUGUUCGAAUAUUGAGAGUAAUCUCUCAGCCGAGGGGCCAUAUUCUUAACAUGGGAAUAGGAGGUUCUGGCCGCCAAGUCCUUGCUAAGUUGGCUGCAUUUAUUUUAGAAAUGGGAAUUUUUCAAAUAGAGGUCACAAAGAAGUAUAAAACUAGCGAUUUUCGAGAAGAUUUAAAAAAUUUAUACAAGGUUACAGGAAUAAAACAACGAAUGACAAUUUUCAUCUUCAGCAGUGAACAAAUUGCAGAAGUUUCGUUUUUGGAAAUAAUAAAUAAUAUGCUAAGUACUGGAGAAAUAAAUCUUUUUAAAUCGGAUGAAUUUGAUGAAUUAAAAACAGAACUGGAACGGCCAGCAAAAAAAGCUGGAAUAGUCCUAACGACUGAAGCGAUGUAUUCGUUUUUUAUGCUCAAUGUUCGAGACUACAUGCACAUAACACUUUGUUUUAGUCCCAUCGGCGAAAAUUUUCGAAGCUACAUUAGGCAAUAUCCUUCAUUGCUAAGCUCUACAACUCCAAAUUGGUUUAGAUUUUGGCCUCAAGAGGCUCUUUUAGAAGUAGCUUCUCAUUUCUUGCAUGGCUUUCAAUUAAAUGUUGUAGUACCUGGAAAAGAGGAUGAAAAACAUCGUGACAGUUUAGUUAUGACCACUGAAAGUGUUCUUCAACGUGAUAUUGCUCAAGCAUUUUCAAUAAUACAUUCUAGUGUCGCAAAAAUGUCCGAACUUAUGUUAUUGGAAGUAAAGCGUUAUAACUAUGUAACAUCACCAAAUUACUUACAACUGGUAAGCGGAUUUAAAGAACUUCUUGAAAAGAAACGUUUGGAAGUAUCAACAGCAGCAAAUAGAUUACGAAAUGGUCUUUCAAAAAUCGCUGAAACUCAAGAAAAAGUAUCUUUAAUGUCCGAGGAAUUAAAAAUUAGCUCCGAACAAGUUAAAAUUCUCGCGCGUGAAUGCGAAGAGUUCAUUACAAUGAUUGAAAUUCAAAAGUCGGAGGCGACUGAGCAAAAAGAAAAGGUUGAUGCCGAAGCAGUAAUUAUUAGACGAGAAGAAGUUAUUUGCCUUGAUUUAGCUGCAACAGCACGCGCUGAUUUAGAGGUGGUUAUGCCUAUGAUAGACGCUGCCGUGAAAGCUCUAGAUGCUUUAAAUAAAAAAGAUAUUUCGGAAGUAAAGUCUUAUGGACGCCCACCCAUGAAAAUAGAAAAGGUUAUGGAAGCAGUUUUAAUUUUACUUGGUAAAGAACCAACUUGGGAAAAUGCUAAAAAGGUUUUGAGUGAAUCAACUUUUCUGAAUGAUUUGAAAAAUUUUGACCGUGAUCAUAUUUCUGAUAAAACAUUAAAACGCAUUGCUAUGUAUACGAAGAACCCAGAACUAGAACCCGAUAAAGUAGCUGUAGUAUCACUGGCUUGUAAAUCGUUGAUGCAGUGGAUAAUGGCAAUUGAAAAUUACGGAAAAGUUUACCGAAUAGUUGCUCCAAAACAGGAAAAACUAGACAAUGCAAUGAGGUCACUGGAGGAAAAGCAAGCUGCAUUAGCAGCAGCAAAAAAAAAGUUGGAAGAACUACAAGCAGUUAUUGAAGAACUUUAUAGGCAGCUUAGUGAAAAAACAGAACUUUUAAAUGAACUGCGCGCAAAGGAAGAACGGCUAAGAAAGCAAUUAGAGAGAGCAAUUAUAUUAGUAGAAUCAUUAUCAGGCGAGCGUGAAAGAUGGAUUGAAACUGUUGCUCAGUUAGACCUCUCUUUUGAGAAACUUCCUGGGGACUGUUUACUGUCCAUUGCAUUUAUGUCAUAUUUGGGCGCAUUUGAUACAAAAUAUCGCGAGGAAUUGGUUACAAAGUGGUCAUUGUUAAUUAAAGAGCUUCUUAUACCAGCCACUGCUGAGCUAAAAAUUACAAAUUUUCUUUGCGACGCUGUUUCAAUUAGAGAGUGGAAUAUACAAGGCCUUCCAGCGGAUGAUUUAAGUACUGAAAAUGGUGUCAUAGUAACACAAGGAAGUCGUUGGCCUUUAAUUAUAGAUCCUCAAAUGCAAGCAAAUAACUGGAUUAAAAAUAUGGAAGAACGUAAUCAACUUUUAAUUAUAGAUUUUGGCAUGAUGGACUAUUUGAAACAAUUAGAACGAGCUUUAAAGGAAGGACUACCAGUCUUAUUACAAAAUGUAGGAGAAUAUUUGGAUCAGGCAAUUAAUCCAAUUCUGCGACGAAGUUUUACCAUUCAAAGCGGAGAAAAAUUACUUAAGUUCAAUGACAAAUACAUUUCAUAUAAUGAUCAAUUUCGAUUCUACAUAACGACAAAAAUAGCUAAUCCCCAUUAUCCUCCAGAAAUAUCCUCUAAAACUACCAUUGUAAAUUUUGCUUUAAAGCAAGAUGGACUUGAAGCACAACUGUUAGGAAUUAUAGUCCGCAAAGAGAAGCCGGCUCUUGAAGAGCAAAAGGAUGAGUUGGUGUUGACUAUUGCUAGAAACAAAAGAACUUUAAUUGAUUUGGACAAUGAAAUCCUGCGCUUACUAAAUGAGAGUCGCGGGUCUUUAUUAGACGAUGAUGAGUUAUUUUCCACACUACAAAAAUCCCGACAAACUUCUGUAUUAGUUAAGGAGUCUCUUAGUAUUGCCGAAGUCACUGAAGUAGAAAUUGAUGCUGCGCGUCAAGAGUAUAAACCAGCCUCUGAACGCGCAGCAAUUUUAUUUUUUGUUCUAAUGGAUAUGUCUAAAAUUGACCCAAUGUAUGUAUUUUCUUUGGCAGCUUACAUACUAUUAUUUACUCAGUCCAUCGAACGAAGCCCUCGCAACCAAUUAGUUCACGAGCGAAUACAAAAUAUAAAUGAAUAUCAUACAUAUUCUGUUUACCGUAAUACAUGUCGAGGACUUUUUGAACGUCAUAAACUAUUAUUUUCGAUUCAUAUGACUGCAAAAAUACUUGCAAAUGCUGGAAAACUUGUGGAAGAAGAGUAUGACUUUAUUUUAAAAGGUGGUAUUGUGUUAGAUAAGCAGGGCCAAGCUCCUAACCCGGCUCCAUCAUUGUUCUCCAAAUAUGACCAUUUGCAAUCAAAUGUGCCCAUCGAGAUUGCCAAACGCGGAGAGUUUAUCUACGCUACAGCCAAAGGAGUUGUCAAUAUUACCAGCUGCGGAAACCAAAUCACCUUGCAAAACGUUUUGUAUUGCAAGGAUAUUCCACACAACCUACUAUCGGUAAAGAAAAUGCAGGAUGCAGGUAUGACCAUUGAAUUUAAUCCUGGAGGUGUAAAAGUAUCCAAGGAUGUGCUGAGUAUCGAUUAUGGCAUGAAAGAUUAG